UUUUAAUCUGCAGAAUUAAGAAUUAGGGAGCGAAAUUGGAAUUAGGAAGAGGGGAGAGAAGAGAAGAGAAGGGAAAGAAGAGAGAGGAAUAAGAGUUGUGAGCUGGUUAUGUUGGAGUACGAGGUGAGGGUUGCUUUCUCUGCAUCCCAAGAUCCGAAUUCCUUUCUUCCUCGAAAGAUGCACAGUCCAAUCUCAUGAUUCCAAUCCCACCCAUUGCGUUCAUCGGGUCAUUAUUGCGCCAUGGUAACUGUCUCCCCGGGAACCGAGACGGCCGCUCUCGCUCCCCCUUACACCCCCUUCCAAUCCCCUUCUUUUGAAGGUAUGUGAUGAUGAAGAAGAAGAGUACGUGAAGAAGAAGAAGAAAAGAGGAGACUUGCUGUUUCUAGGACGAGAAUGGCGACGCUUCAGAAGUUUAAGCUGCUCGCGACGCAGUGCGCGGCGCCGGCCGCCAGCCCGUCGAGAAGCCCCGGCCCCGCCGCGGCAAUCGCCCCCUCCAGCCCCGCUUUCCGGUUGCGCCGCCGGAGGAGCCUCAGGACGCUCCUCGGCCGGGCGUCGUCCCGUCGGGCCGCGGCCGCGGUCCCCGGGAAGCCGCCCCCGGCGCCGGAUCGCCCGUCGGAGAAGCGGGCCUUGUUGAGCCACUCGCUCGCGGAUCUGUUCGUCUCCUCGCCCCCGCCGGGUGGAGCGGAAGGAGGGCACGAGUCCGCCGCCGGAGCCGUGCGGAGGUUCGGGUUCGACAUCCUCGCCGCCGGGGGUAGAGCCGGCGGGGGACCCAGGUUUGGGUCUCGCGGCUUGAGGUACCGGUUGCUGCGGCGGACCUGGCGGCCGGUGCUCGUCGCCAUUCCCGAGUGAGCGAGCGAUCCAAAAAACUUGCUCUCGUUGGGGAUAAUAAGAGAGUUCAAGCUGUAGGUACUGUUGUAACUUGCGUUCACUGUGUGUUCAUGGGAAGGUGGACACUGCAUGAGUUGAUCUAUAACCAGUAUUCAUCUUCUACAUCCUCUUUAUCUUCGCUUCUCUUUCUUUUCAUAAAUGGAGAAUGAUUUCAGGCUACAACAUCCUAAAGGUCAUAAAAUUCUGAGUUUUCUGUCAGAACCAAUGCCUUCCAUCACUAGGAAAACAUCAAUUGCUUCACCUGCCAACACCAGCUCAGUGCAAGUUGAAAUGGUGAUGUGUUAGAUCAUGAGUUCAUCGUGUUCUGCUCUGCUAUUGUCAGAACAAGCUUGCUGAAGGAGAAGCUAGCUAAAGACUAGAUUGAUGCACAAAAGAGUUUCCUACCAAGUCUUCUGCUUGUUCUGUUUUCUGUCAUCAUCCAGCUUACUGUACUUGCUUGUGUCUCGUGCCAAAUGACUGAAGAUAAAAUGAAGAAGGCAGGGACCAAAGAUAAGUGAGUGGCAUUCAUUGUCCUCCAAUGCAUGUAGAGGAACUAACAAUUGUGAAGAAGGUGUUCGCCUUGCAGUUCAAGUUUAUCCGCUUGCUCACCCUGUUCAAGGCCAAGGAGGUGGUGGCUUUCGCUGCAGUUCACAUGGCAAAAAGGGACAGUAAAGUGAUGCUACUUCCUGAUGUCAAUAGAGACAGGGAGAAUCAAGAGCAGAAGGAUCCAAUCUACCAUUUUGCCCAUCGCCACCAGUUGCCUCCAAGAAAAGAUGCGUUGGGUGAGCGGCACAAAUCAGUAAGCUUGACACCUCGCUUUUUACCUUCUCAGUCACUUGUCCUGCACUGCACUGCACCUUCACAGUGAUAUAUACGCCAUGGAGAAGCCUCUUUCUUCUUUUUACAUCACCAGCAGUAUCUGAGCACUCUUUACAGCCUUGUGAGAGAGUCAUACUUUUAUUACCUCCUCACCAACCUUUCAAAUCCAUGCACAAUAUGAUGUGAAAAAUGAAUCAGAUAAUGAGAAAAAGAGCUCCACAGAUAGUAACAUGAAAUAAAAAGCUGGGAAAGAUACUUGUAGAUAUGUGGACAGAAAUGAGCACAUGAACAUUAGAAAGCAAAGGGACAAGAUGAAUAGACAGCAGGAAGAGAGAACCAAUUGAGUCUUUUUCUUUCAUAUGGAAUCAGCUUUCAUAAAGUCUAUCAGAUACAGCAGUGCUUUGAAUAUCCAUGAAAGAAAACCAACACAGACAGCCAGUCAGCAAUUUUUUGUGAACAUUGGUGAGUGAUGCCAUACACUGCAGCUCAUUUGAAUGCCUUUUUGGCUCCUGUGGGGUUCCAGAUCAUGAUUCUUUCAACUAUUUGGAUAUCAAGUUCCAGACUGAAUUUUUUCUGUGACUAUACAGUUAUCAAAGAAGUUCAAACUCCUGCUUAGAGUGUGGAUUUUGUGACCAUAUGCAUGUAUGUAACUGUGUCCAGCUUCAUUUGGAUAAAUAAUUUGGUCAGGUGAUGUCUGAGCCCAAUUUGUUGUUGUGGGGAGAAGGAUGCAGAACAGUGUUUAUGGCUAUCCAAAAUGACAUUUCCCCUGAGCUUGGUGAGAUAAAAGAGUAUCAUUUCUUCAUGUAGCAUUUGUUCCACCAAUUCAUAUUUACUGAAGAAAACUUUUACUUAUCACAGGCUAGGCAGGAGCCACAUUUGAUUCCCAUAAAAUCUCAAGUUGUGUGCAUGUUGUUGUCAUUUUAGAUGGGCAAUGUCCUAAUGGAGGUCCACUGUUCAACUAUGUCAUCCUCCAACAACCUCUUUAUUCCUUCUUCCACACUGCUUUUUGUACCCCUGAUUUGAUUCCCAAGUUGGUGGUGGAUUGAUCUUUCUUUUUCUUAUCCAGUCUAUUGGUGAAUAGUCUUGUUUUAAUGUCUUUUUCAUGUUCUACUGUGGCUUGCUCUUUUUAUCCUU